AUGGCUCUAUCAUGGAAUAUUCGAAUCAGGCGCAGGUCAUGGUUUAGAUUCAUCUUACCGAUUAUCGUGCUCGGUUUACUGUGCUACGGUACGUGGGCUUACUGCCAUAAACUAUGUUACGAGCAAGUCGACAAACGACUUCGUCAGAAAUCAGUUUCGGUUGGUCUUAUUUGUGCGGUAUGCUUCCUAGACGUAGUCGUGAUUUUCAUAUGGCUUCAAAUAGUUAUCUUGGUCGGUCCAGGUACCCAACCGCACGUAGCACCUUUUUUGAUCCUUCCUAUAGCCUCUGAAGAGAAGACUAGCAACACUUCUCAAAACACUUCAGUGGAAUACGAUGCUGUGGUUCCGCCUAAGUGUUAUCAGUCUGAUCCUCACGGAUACCCAAUAUGGUGCAGUGAAUGUCAAAGUCUGAAAAUGGAACGAACGCAUCAUUCUUCAGAACUAGGCCACUGCAUUCCUCGCUUUGAUCAUUACUGCAUGUGGAUAGGGACUGUUAUUGGUAGAGACAAUUAUAGACUCUUUGUGCAGUUUGCUGCUUAUUUUUCAACACUUUUACUUAUCAUGUGGGUGUCUAUUUGCGUUUACAUAAGAAUUAUUACUCAACACAAUCAUAAUUAUAGCCCCAAUUUAAACGCAAAUAUAAUUUCAACGUUAGUGUUUGCCAUCCUUGGAUGGUUAUUAACCGCAAGUUUGUUGGCAUCGAGUAUUUUUUACAUGAGUCAAAACAAGACGUCUUUGGAGGCUAUCAUAGAUAGCAAAAGGAAAAAAUUUGGAACAAGGAAGAUAUUUUGUUAUUACUCGGAAGCAAACAAGUUGAGGUUUGUGGUAGAGUUCGAUAGAUCUGAAUUUCACUCUUUCUGGGACAAAAAGUCAAUCUUAGCUAAUAUAAAAGACUUUAUGGGUUCUAACAUACUUAUGUGGAUAAUUCCUUUAGGCAAGCCCUAUACAUCUCGAUGCAAAUCUGAUGGCAAAAGCGGUUCAAAAACAACGCUAGUGGAAAUAUUGGGUCCCUAUGAAGAAACUCUUAGUGACUACACCAUUCAGGCCAUUGAGGACAAGAUAUCAAGAGGAGAAUAUCUGGCCACAUUGCGGGCUUCUGGUGACGAUAGUGAUCCUGCUUACUAA